GGGGGCAGAGCUGGGUUGGGGGUCCCGAGGGUGGUGGGAGCACCCGGGGGUGCCCCACGCGCAGCCACGGCCGCCCCUCGCCCCCGUCCCCCGCAGAUGGUGACAUCCCCGCGCGCGCUGGUGGCCCUGUCCCUGUGUGCCCUGCUGUGCCUGGCGGCCGCGUACCCCCCGAAACCCGAGAGCCCCGGUGAGGACGCGUCCCCCGAGGAGAUGGCGCGGUACUUCUCGGCCCUCCGCCACUACAUCAACCUGGUCACACGGCAGAGGUACGGGAAACGCGCCAGCCCCGCCGCCGCGGUGCCGGAGCUGCUCCUGGGGGCCGGCAGUGACAGGUCACGGUACGAUGACGACUCCUCGUGGUGACCGCCCCGCCCAGCCCCCCGUGUCCCCAAAAUCCUCCCCACCUCUCCAGGUCCCCCCAGGGGACCCAGGGCCAGCGCGGGACCCCCCGCUGGAGGGCCGGGGACCCCCAGACUCGGCCCGGGGGCG